AUGACUUUCCCUACUGCUGUAAAAAAAUCUGGACCUCUUACAAUCUCCAAGGCCGGAUCAGGAUCAAAGACUUUAUCACCAGGAUCUCCUAGAUCACCCGGGUCUCCUCUGAAUGCUCCUGCAAAGACGAUACUACCUGGAUCUUCUAAAGCACCACUGGCUAGUAAAGCUCCUGAAAAAGUCAAUGCUGUAUCUCCUGUGAAAAAACCAUCUGCUCCUUUGAAAAGCUCAACUGUUAAAUCUGUGACUAAACCUGUUAUUGAUGCCAAGUUAGAACCUGAAAAAACAUUGGCUUCUGCUGCCAAAGGAGUGACAAGAGCUGUGACUAAACCACCUCCACUCACUAUCAAAGUAACAGAUGCCAAAGGAUUGCCAUCUCCUAAGACUCCAACAAUAUCUUCGAUAAAAUCUCAAGCGUUGACCAAGUCCCCAUUGGCGACUAAGCCUGUAUCAGUUUCUAAAUCAACUUCGGUUCCAACUGGAAUAGUUAGAUCACCAUCAAUUACUAAAUCUGUUACUUCGCCAAUCACUAAAUCUCCUCAAGUAAAGUCAACUUUAACAGCAAAAGCAACUUCUCCAGUUGCUAAAUCUCCAACAUCAGUAAUGUCUAAAACGUCAAAUUCUGCCGUCCCAAAAUCGCCAAUGGGGCUCACCAAUCAAUCAGCUCUCGCAGGAAAGUCUGCAGCUUCUGCAACAGUUAAAGUGAGCGCUACAUCAUUAAAAUCAAAAGACCAAGCAACUAUUGCAAAACCUGUGGUAGUUAAAAAAGCAGCUAUAUUAUCUGUAAAGAGUGCUGCAGGUGUUAAAAGUCCGACUAUACCAACAAACAAACCACCAAUGAUAGCAAAAAGUCUAUCCACAGCGUCUAGCAUAAAAUCAAUUUCUUUGAAGGCACCUACUUCUCCUUCAAAAUUAUUGACCAAAGAACCACCUAGCUCUGCAAAAAUAUCUUCUUUAAAGUCUACUAACAAAUCCAGCGUGGUUUCCAAACCAAAUCCAACUUCUUCAAAAGCUAUUGUUAAAAAAGAAUCCAGUUCUUUAUCACUACUAUCCGUGAAGUCUUCUUCGACAAUAAAGUCUACUACUACAGCUGUGUCAAAAACUACAACAUUGAAAGCCAAUGUUACUUCAGUUGCUAAGAAUUUGGUUCCAAAGUCGCCAGUAGCCAAAACAAAGCCGUUAGCAGUGGUAAAAGUUCCAUCAUCACCUACAGUGAGAACACCACUGUCAUCAAGUGUAAAAACUCCAUCAUCGCCAGUUGUAAAAGCGUCAACGUCUCUAGCCGCAAAAAUUAAAACUCCACAAUCACCAACAGUGAAAACUAGAACUCCUUCACUGUCGUUGAUAAAACCACCUUUGUCACCAGCAGUAAGAAAAAUGGUACCAACCAAAUUGAUUUUAAGCCCUGGACCAUCUAAAAGCCGGUCACUUUCAUCUUCUAAACUUAAUUCAGUUUCAACUGAAAGUUUGGCUUCGAGGACAUCCCUGAAAUCUCCAAUGACUCCUAGACCCACAAAAAUGGUUACAAAAAGUCCAUCAAAAGUAAUUAAAAAAACUGAAGAACCAAAAGCUAAAGGUAUUCGUGGCGGACAACCUAUUAGGAAGACCAUUGAAAUUCCAGGAAUAACUGAAUUACCUACUAGUUUGGUUCCAAGCCAACAAGAAACUCUUCAGUUCGAUUUUGUAUUAGAAAAUGCAGUUGAAAAUGUUUUGAAUGAAGAAAUCGAAUCCAUAAUCACUCAAAUACCAGAACAAGAUUCGUCAGAACUUGAGAAAUUAGAAUCUCCCAAAAUGGUUGAAAACAUCGAUGACGGCCCAUGUUUGGCUAAUGAUAUUGUCAACAAAGAAAGUGCACCUUCAAACAUCGUGGAUGCUCAAAAUGUCAGUCCGUCACCAGAGGUCCAUGAACAUAAUUUAGAAACUAUCGAAGAGGACUCAAUAGAACCUUCAGCAAUGCCGUCACUCAAUGAACAGAACCAAGAAGACGUUUGUAUUCCAUCAGACUUUGAAGUUGUGACGAUGGAUGAAUGUGUACCGCAUUUAAAUAGCAUUUCUCACUCUGCUAAUAAUUGUGGUAUUGCUUUUGAUGAUAACCAUUUUAAUACAACAAACGAAAAUGUUACUAUAGAACAGUCGGACGAAUCGCAAUCAUGUAUCAUAGAUAUAGAUGAUCACUUUGAACCUAUGAAUGACAAAUUGGUUCUAGGAGACGUGCCAUUUGAAACCGAUUCAAGUCAAGAUGAAGUUUCUGAUAAUGAACAAACUGUUCAGAUGGAAGUAAUCAAAAAUGAAAACUGUGAUGCAGAACAAAACGAAUGUGUUGAUGAUGUGUUUACAUUCACAGACAAUUCAACAAUUAGUAAUUUCGACAGUUCUGAUAGUACUGAAAAUUUCAUUCAUCAAUUCAUGCCAAAAUCAAUUGAACGGUCAGUAGGUUCAUUAUCUAUUAGUACAGACGACGAAAGUCUUCUUAGUCGUAAAUCUUAUUCUGAAGCCGUUUCGGGAUCACCUAAAGAUGGUGAAUACUAUUUCGACUAUGAUUUUGAAAUGGUUGAUGACUGUUUGGAGUAUGAUGAUGAGGGACGAACAGUAUUUGUCGAAGUGACAGAAAAAGAAUUUCCAGAACUAAAACCAAAAGAUUUGUCAGGCAAACGAAGGAGGAACAAAAAACAAAAGAAAAGGAAUUAUAGUAACCGAUCAGAAUCUCUAUCAGAUUCAAAUGCCGAAAUUAAUUACAACCCUGAAGAUUUUGAUGGAAAUGAAUUUUGUCGUUACAUCAAGAUGAUGAAGGAUUGUUCAUUUUAUCCAAAUGGAUUAUUUUCAUCGGAUUCAGUCAAAUUAUCUACUUCAUCGUCCCUAUCGUGGUUAGAUAUAUCUGUCCGUACAACUGACGAUGACUUAACGCCAUCUACAGAAUACCUAAGUACCUAUGAAGUUUUCCAAGCAAGUAAUUUGAAUAAAGAAUUCUUAACGUCAAUAAUUGGUUCCAACGAAACCACCAGUACGACAACUGAAACUUCCUGGUUUUGGAAAUCUAUUGAGGGUAAACAUCAACCACACAAUAAAGCCAAUAUAACCCUUAGUCUUCAACCAAGGCCUAAGCAUUUAACUACACCUCGUUUCAUGGUUCUUUUGGCUCUCAUCAGCGAGGCUAAAGGUUAUGAAAUCAUACCAUCAUUGUCCGUGAAUUUUGUCACUAAAGACUGCGUGUCCAGAUUUGAUGAAAAAAUUAGACGGCUAAUGGUUCAAGGAUUUUGGCUUAUUGGUCCUUUGAUUAAAGAAAGUUUGUCUGAGGACGAAGAAGCGAAUUGUGAAAAUCCAUUUGAGUUUGUUGACGGUGACAUUGGCUUAUGGUGGGCAGGAAUCAACAUGUUAGAUUGGCAAGAACAUUUGAAAGAAUGCGGUAGUAAAAACCAAAAACUACCCAACUGUUAUCAGUUUGUUGUCGAAAACAUAGGUAUGACCAGACGCAACACCGCUGAAGCCGAAUCAAUCAUGAACGCUGUACCCGAUGAUUUCAUGAGUGAACUGGAUAUGGAAAAUUUCAUUCACACUGUGCGUAAUGUCAAGUACUACUGUGGCAACUGUUUUGUGGACAGUGAAGAAAAUUUAGAAGCACAAAAUGAAGUAUUUGAAGAUGAUGAGGGCGAUCUCAUAGAAUGGGAGAAAAACCCUGUUGAAAAAAUUGCUGUCGACCAAAUUUAA